AUGUCUUCAAAAUCGAAAGCUAAAGCUUUAAUAUUCAUCUUGAAACUAUUAAUGUUGAAUGCUUUGCCGCCAAUUCAUGCAUGUGGGCCCUGCACUCACCCACGUCCACCAUACCACAGGCCAAGUCAUCCCAAAAAACCGCCGCAUCACGGCGGAGGCCGGCCAAAAGUCUCCCCUCCUAUGCCGCCGGUGAUCGUGCCACCGAUCAUAGUCAAUCCUCCAUUGCUACCCCCGCCGGUGACAUACCCUCCACCAACCUCCCCGUACCCGCCGCCACACGGUGGUGGUCCUCCUCCUCAACGAACUUGUCCAAUCGAUGCCUUAAAGUUAGGGCUUUGUUUGGAUGUGCUUGGAGGAUUGGUGCAUGUGGGAAUAGGGAACCCGCUUGAGAACGUGUGUUGUCCCGUGAUUCAAGGGUUGCUUGAUCUUGAAGCAGCGAUUUGUCUUUGCACCGUUAUUAGGGCUAAACUUCUUAAUCUCAAUGUCUUCAUUCCUCUUGCACUUCAAGUCUUGAUAACUUGCGGGAAGACUCCUCCACCUGGUUUUGUUUGUCCACCUCUCUAA